AUGCAAGCCCCCUUACCGACAAUCCUCGCUCCUCCUCCUCUACCAGACGGUUCCGAUGCCCCCGCCCGGUCACCCGAAAGACACGCCAACAUCGUCAAGUUUCAGUCAGAACUAGAGUUUGUGCAAUGUCUGGCGCAUCCGCAAUACCUGCACGAACUGCACAUUCAAGGCUAUCUGGCCAAACCCGAGUUUCUGAAUUAUCUGAGAUACUUGGAAUAUUGGCGGGAACCAGAUUACGUUCGCUUCAUCAUAUAUCCGACAUGUCUGGUGUACUUGACGUUGCUGCAAACUGAAAUGUUCCGGUCAAGAUUGGGAGAUAUGGGCUUCAUCAUGGAGCUGAUAAGAGUGGGAACAAAGCAUCAUUCAUCUUGGCGUGUGGAGAAGCCGCCAGAGGAAGAGAAACCGAAGGAAGAACCGUUCGUGUCGGGUCCAGUCAUGGAGGAUGAGGACGAGGAUGACCAGGCUGAAGGAGAUCAUGGUGACAAGAAGGAGAAACGGCGCAAGAAGAAGGGCAACGUAGCUGAAGCUUAG